AUGCUUCUGCUAACAAAUGUCAUCCUUUACACUUUGGUGAAUGCUGCUGCAUAUCAACAAUUCCCGCUAGACACGGAUAAUGCAGUGGUCCAUCAAUUUAUUACAGCCGACGACUGGGCGCUCGACCGGUCGUCGACCACCGACGCCCGCGCCCAAACUGUGCUGCAACAUAUGAACCGACGAGGAAUGUUUACCGCCGUAGUAAUGCCGAAAUCAACCAUGAGCAUAGUCGGCCCGCCGAAAGGUUACGAAACCCCACCCAAAUACGCGCGCGACAACUUAUCGUCGUCCAAAACGCCGUUCCUCCUUACGAACGGCGGGUUUUUUGUGCUUAAUGUGUCACACAAAUUUUUCGACGUGCUGCCCGAUGGCCAGCCGGGUAAACCGCUCCCAGCCACGUUCGAAGGCUGGUCUGUAGGGCCGACGUCGAUUACGCGGGACAUAAUGGAAAUCCCGACUAUUCACAAAGACCAGUACGAAAGGCUUAUAAGCGACGACGGAAGGUCGUUUUUAACUUCCGCACCAAGUUUGAAAAGGCCACUUACAGAGGAGCUCCGUUUUCAGUUUAUUCCCCCCUAUAACCUGAUCCCCGGCGGUAUGUCGACCACGAUUAACCCCAACGAAAGGCUGGUUUUCGUGCAAUUUAGCGAUGUAAAGGUCGUAUUUGCCUAUACAUCCCUUAGGACGAACGCGGUAUCCAUUAACCAUAUGCGCAACCUUAUCGACCUUUUUUUAAAUUUAUAUUUGGAUAAAAAUAUAUCUGGCGCCGCGGUCGCUCUUAACCUCGACGGCGGUGGGAGCGUUUUCCUAGGUUUCCAGGAGCCUGGCCAGCCUAUGAAGGUUAUCGCCCAAGGCUAUCGCGAAGACCACCAAAUUCCUGGCCUUAAACCCAUUAUCCCCGGCUCAGUACGCAAGAUUACUACUAUGGUUAUGCAUCAGCUACCUAGCGGCGGGCGCCAGCCGGUGGAAAUGGCACGCCGAUCGGAAUCCCCCCCUCCUACUCGUCAACGCCCGCGAGCAAAUUAA